AUGGCGACUGCUGCGUGCGGUCGUCAGUGUAAAACAGACAGUAAUCCUGCCAAAUCACACAAAGAACACCUCCGAAAAGGUAAAGACUCACAACGGAGACAGGCGGCUCUUUCUUUUCUGAACAACAUAUCUCUAGACGGACGGCCUUUAUAUCAUCUCAGCAAUGGAAACCUCGGUCAAAGGGACGCAGCCGAGCUCGGAAGUCGAGACGCCGCUGGGGCACAUACGACUGGACACCCUCAAAUUUCACCGAGUACCUACGGAACCUUCCCCCAUGUAUCACCUUACUUGGCCGGUGGCGCUGCUACUACUGUGGCGGGGAUCUGGGGACUGAGCCCAGUCCCUCCUAAUUUGGAUAUGUCUACAGACACUGGCUCAAGUGCUGCUGUGGGGUGCAGUGAGGUGUUUUUUGAGGGUGUAGACUCCAUGGUACCCCCAGAUACUCCCCUGUCCCCCACUUCUGGACCUCAGACCUUCAAUCCAAUUGCCAAAUCGCCAUCUGUGCUCCAGACUCUGAAUUCCGUGCCGGGGGAUACACGUCAAAGGUGGGACAUAUUAGCUACUCAAUUUUUAUUAGGGUGGGAAACAAUCAGGGAUCUGUCAUGAUGACCAGCAGUCGGGUCUGUAGGUGUAACUCACUGCUUUUGUAUUCAUUGUAAGCAACAUUGGCUGUUUCAACGUUUGACAGAAUAGGCCUGAUUUAUAAAGGUGUUCUUACUUCCGCAUAUUUCCAACAGGUAGUUUCAUUAUAGAAAUCAAUGGUUAUUCAAAUGGUCACAGUCUACCAGACCUACCUUCGAAAUUGUAGUUGUUGUUUUUUAAAAUCAGCGUUUUUCUCAAGGCAAUAAUAUUAUGAUUAUAUAUUUUUAUAUUAUCAGCUGCCCCAUUUGAGAAAAUCGUAUCUGCCUGUCAAGGUCCGAUAAAAAACGUUGCAGGCAGCUACAAGUGCUGCACAAUAUAUCACUAAAUAAAACUAAGUGCUCAUACAAUUAUCUGAUAUAGUUUUUCCAUAUUUUGUUUAUUGGUUUGCUUAUUUUAACAACAUUAUCUGCUGUGGUUUGUGUAAGUAAACAUUAAAAUCAUUGUCAGAUCUUGUCCUGUGUUUUCAUCUCUCCCUUCCCCACCCCACAUAUAUUUUUCUGUCUUUCUCUCCCGCUCCUUCUCUCUGAUCAUCUUUAGAAAAACCAGACAAUUACUUAAGCUCCCUCUCACCUAAGAUUGUAAUUUUGGCUUUGUUAUUCAAAUAUGUGGUGUAAAGAAAUCUACAAGGUCUUCCUUCAUUUAUUAUUUCAAGAACAUUGUUAAUUCCCCUCAUGCACAGAAUUGGUCUACCUCCAUAUUCUAAAACUCACUGAGAAAUGAUAUGGUACUGCUUGCUAUCUGUUGGUCCAGACAUUAGACAUUUACUAAUGUUGACGUUUUAAUUGACACAUCUUUUUGGGUUCUCCAUUUUGUCUUAGAUCACGGAAUCAUUUGGGCUCUCCAGGACCCGCAAGGGUGGCCAAGAAGGUCCACUUUAUCAAGAGUAUGAGGCAGUACGACACAAGAGGCAGCAGGUGAGUUAAAGUAGUAGAUGAGAGUGUAGGAGAUGUUGCGCAAACCAUGUAUUCUAAUGAAAUUAACAACCAAAACAUAACACUUUCUUCUGUAGGCUCAAUAAGUGGGAUCGAGAAAGGCAUUCUAAAUGGCAUUUAAGUCAACUCCAUGACAUACAGUAAAUUAGUUAAAUUGAAUUGAUAAUUGUACCGUCUAUAGAAAAGAGGGAAGAAGAUUGCGAAGGCCUUAAGAGUUUUCCAUGAAGUAGUUUUACAGCCAGUUCUAUACUAAGCCCGUGCAAUGCAAACACAUACGUUUGGCUUUUAACUAAGAGACCUGCUGGAACUAAGAUCGCUCACUUAGCUAGCCCCCUAAACGAGUAACAGCAGGACUGGGUGAAUUGCAACAGUGAAUUUAACCACCCUUGGAAACAAAUCAAAACACCAAAGAGGUGUCCUGUGGAAAUAUAACCCUCUCUGGCAAUAACAGUAAAACACCCCUUAUGUAAGAUGGGACUGAAAUAUCACGCUCAGGCUGCACCCAGACUAUUCGCUCUCUGUUGAACUUUGUCUCUUCCUCAAUGUGUUUUCAUGAGCUAUAGCUACAGCCUAAUGUUAGGUUGUCUUUAGAAAAAAAAGUUUCCCUGGAGACAUAAACAUAAGACAUGCAUUUUUGUAAUCUUAUCUGUUUCAACAAGGCAAACACCGUUUUAGAACCCCUCUCAUUUCACCCUACCUGAACAUUACUUAAUCAUAGACAAUAUCAUGUCCAUAGUAUCCUGUGUGUCAUGUGUCCAAAAUGCGAAUACAGUAUCACAUGUUGCUGACGUGUUGUAACAUCGUUUAGCAAUAACCAGAGCCAUGUAUUUAGAGAGUUGGGUUUCUGCAUUAUGUGACCAUUUACAUGGCACUGCAGCCAUGUUAGCACCCCAUUAAUAUUUACAUGCGGAAAUAAACACUGUGUACAAAACAUUAGGAACACCUUCCUAAUAUUGAGUUGCACCCACUCUUGCCCUCAGAACAGCCUCAAUUCGUCACGGCAUGGACUCUAGAAGGUGUGUGUCGAAAGCGUUCCACAGGGAUGCUGGCCCAUGUUGACUUCAAUGCCUCCCACAGUUGUCAAGUUGUCUGGAUGUCCAUUGGGUGGUGGACCAUUCUUUAUACACACAGGAAACUGUUGAGCGUGAAAGAUCCAGCAGCGUUGCAGUUCUUGACACACUCAAACCGGUGCGCCUGGCACCUACUACCAUACCCCGUUCAAAGGCACUUCAAUAUUUUGUCUUGCCCAUUCACCCUCUGAAUGGCACACAUACACAAUCCAUGUCUUAAUUGUAUCAAGGCUUACAAAUCCUUUAACCUGUCUCCUCCCUUUCACCUACACUGAUUUGAUGUGGAUUUAACAAGUGACAUCAAUAAGGGAGCAUAGACUGACCAGGUGAAAGCUAUGUUAUGGAACAAGCAGGUGUUCCUAAUGUUUUGUACACAGUGUAAUGUCUAAAAUGAGCAUUAUAGUGCAUUUACAUGACACUUCAAAAUUCUAUGGCAGCCAUGUUAGUGCCCCAUUAACAUUACAUGGGAAAUAUUUAAAUAAUGCUAUGUAACUGAAUGUCUAGACUUGGAACAAUAUUAACAAUUCUAAACGUUGGCCCAACUCUCUAAUAUAUGGCUCUGGCAAUAACCAGUUACACAACAAUUCUGGCUUUGCUUAUGAACUUGUAUUUAGGCUAUACAGAGCAUUGAAGUAACUGUGUAAAACCACUGGAGAGGAUGAGAAGGGGAUUUAAAAGGUUUCUGUAUUUCCCCCAAGGUGAGAUAAACAUCUCUUAUCCAAGGUCUGGCCCCAGCUUUAGCUGCAAGGCUGAGAUCCCAAAGGAGAGGCUGCUGGGCUGGCUGAGGUUGUAUGUUAUUGACUGGUGUGUUGUGAAGACUGGCGCCUUUAGCGGUUGUGUGUAGAUUUAGCUUGUCUAUAGAUAGGCCUAAGUGCUAUGGCUGGCUGUUUACAGUUGCUUUGAGCUACUCAGUCGUUUUUAAGCUGUUAGCAGAUUUAUACUGCAUUGGUUGUGUAUGAACUUUGUGUAGUUUGUAGUUUCUCACAAAAAAAAAUUUCUCUAGUGCUGCUGUUGACUGGCUGAAGUAGCUUUGUUGGCUGACGCUGUUGUUUACAGUAUACCAUGUUUUUGUCCUGGUAAUGUACAUUACAUUUGACAUUUUAGUAAUUUAGCAGAUGCUGUUAUCCGGAGCGACUUACAGUUAGUGCAUUCAUCUUAAGAUAGCGAGGUGGGACAACCACAUAUCACAGUCAUAGUAAGUACAUUUUUCCUCAAAGUACACUACAUGGCUAAAAAUAUGUGGACACCUGGUUGUCGAACAUCUCAUUCCAAAACCAUGGGCAUUAAUAUGGAGUUGGUCCCCCCUUUUGCUGCUAUAACAGCCUCCACUCUUCUGGGAAGGCUUUCCACUAGAUAUUGGAACAUUGCUGCGGGGACUUGCUUCCAUUCAGCCACAAGAGCAUUAGUGAGGUCGGGCACUGAUGUUGGGCGAUUAGGCCUGGCUCGCAGUCGGCGUUCCAAUUCAUCCCAAAGGGGUUCGAUGGGGUUGAGGUCAGGGCUCUGUGCAGGCCAGUCAAGUUCUUCUGCACCGAUCUCGACAGACCAUUUCUGUAUGGACCUCGCUUUGUGCACGGGGGAUUGUCAUGCUGAAACAGGAAAGGGCCUUCCCCAAACUGUUGCCACAAAGUUGGAAGUACAGAAUCGUCUAGAAUGUCAUUGUAUGCUGUAGCGUUAAGAUUUCCCUUCACUGGAACUAAGAGGCCUAGCCCGAACCAUGAAAAACAGCCCCAGACCACUAUUCCUCCUCCACCAAACCUUACAGUUGACACUAUGCAUUCGGGCAGGUAGCAUUCUCCUGGCAUCCGCCAAACCUAGAUUAAUCCGUCGGACUGCCAGAUGGUGAAGCGUGAUUCAUCACUCCAGAGAACUCGUUUCCACUGCUCCACAGUCCAAUGGCAGCGAGCUUUACACCACUCCAGCUGACGCUUGGCAUUGCGCAUGGUGAUCUUUGGCUUGUGUGUGGCUGCUCGUCCAUUGAAACCCAUUACAUGAAGCUCCCGACAAACAGUUCUUGUGCUGACGUUUCUUCCAGAGGCAGUUUGGAACUCUGUAGGGAGUUUUGCAACCGAGGACAGACGACUUUUAUGCGCUACGCACUUCAGCACCCGUUCUGUGAGCUUGUGUGGCCUACCGCUUUGCGGCUGAGCCGUUGUUGCUCCUAGACGUUUCCACUUCAUAAUAAGGAGAGCACUUACAGUUGACCGGGGCAGCUCUAGCAGGGCAGACAUUUGACAAACUAUGACGGUGCCACGUUGAAAGUCACUAAGCUCUUCAGUAAGGCCAUUCUACUGCCAAUGUUUGAAUAUGGAAAUUGCAUGGCGGUGUGCUCGAUUUUAUACACCUGUCAGCAAUGGGUGUGGCUGAAAUAUCAAAAUCCACUAAUUUGAAGGGAUGUCCACAUACUUUAGCUAUCAGCAAAGUCAGUGCUAGUAAGAGGGAAAAGAGUCAAGUAUGAUAUUUCUUUAUUUUUUGGGGAGGUGCUGUGGGAUUAUUUAAGAUGUUUUUGGAAGAUGGUCAGGGACACUGCUGUCCUAGCUUCAUUUACAUUUGAGUAAUUUAGCAGACACUCUUCUCCAGAGCGACUUACAGGAGCAAUUAGGGUUAAGUGUUUUGCUCAAGGGCACAUCAACAGAUUUUUCACCUAGUUGGCUUGGGGAUUCGAACCAGCAACCUUUUGGUUACUGGCCCAAUGCUCUUAACUGCUAGGCUACCUGCCGCCCACAAAAUGCCGCCCUAUUCCCUUUAGUGCACUACUUUUGUCCAGGGCCCAUAGGGCUCUGGUCAACAGUAGUGCACUAUAUAGGCCAAGGAACAGUGUGCCAUUUGCUGACUAGGACUUCAUUCCUUCCCUGAACUCUGGGCUUCCAUGGCCUUCUGCAUCUUCUUAAUCAUCCACCCGGGAACCGUAAAAGGAUUCAAUUCAACUGGGGUCAUUUUCAGGUCAGGACAAUGUUUGUAAUCAUUACUCAGAGACAGGUCCUGGACAUUCUCUUCAAUAAGGAGAUAGGCCAUCUUUUCAUCUGUGGCUCUCAUAUGCUGUCUUUCUGCCAACCAGUGUUUGUCCUGGGUAGCGGCCGCAUACUUGAGGUCAGCAUGUUUGAUGUAAGUCCUUCCUCUGGUGCCACCCAUUCCUAAAGCCUUGUUUGCUCUGGACCCAAGAACAAACGUGCUCCCUUCAUUCACUCUGGAAGGGUCCCAUUUUGGUCCCUCAUGCGUUAUGGACUGAUGUCUUGGGCUUAGGGAUAUUGCUAUAUGUAACAGGCUUGUCAUAGGAACCGACAGGAGCUGUUGUGCGCCCUUUCCGCUUUUUUGGAACAGGGCUGGUCCUUUGACUGGACCUCCAGUUUCGCCUGUUUGACUGGAGGCUCACGCCCAGGACUGAGUGGGAGCUGCCCUCCCUUAGGGGUGGGAGGGCCAAGAGACCAGAGGUAGCAGAACGGAGUACUCUGGUUGGGGUGUAGGGUUUGAGCAGAGCCUGAAAGUAGGGAGGGGCAGUUCCUCUUGCUUCUCCGUAGGCAAGUACCAUGGUCUUGUAGUGGAUGCGAGCUUCUACUGGAAGCCAGUGGAGUGUGCGGAGGAGCUGGGUGACAUGGGAGAAUCUGGGAAAGUUGAACACCAGGCGUGCUGCAGCGUUCUGGACAAGUUGCAGGGAUUUGAUGGCACAAGCGGGGAGCUCAGCCAACAGCAUGUUGCAGUAGUCCAGAUGGGAGAAAACAAGUGUCUGGAUUAGGACCUGCGCCGCUCCCUGUGUGAGGUAGGGUCGUACUCUACAGAUGUUGUAGAGCAUGAACCCGCAGGAGAGCGUCACUGCUUUGAUGUUUGAAGAAACUACAGGGUGUUAUCCAGUGUCACGCCAAGGUUCUUUGCACUCUGGGAGGGGGAUACCAUGGAGUUGUCAACCGUGAUGGAGAGGUCUUGGAGCAGACAGGCCUUCCCCGGGAGGAAGAGCAACUCCAUCUUGUUGAGCUUGAGGUGGUGGGCCGACAUCCAAGCUGAGAUAUCUGCCAGGCACGCAGAGAUGUGUGUCACCACAUGGGUGUCAGAAGGGGGAAAGGAGAAAAGUAGUUGAGUGUCAUCUGCAUAGCCAUGAUAGGAGAGACCAUGUGAGGAUAUGAUGGAGCAGAGUGACUUGGUGUAUAGAGAGAAGAGGAGAGGGCCUAGAACCGAGCCCUGGGGGACACCAGUAGUGAGAGUAUGUGGUGCAGAUACAGAUCCUCUACAUGUCACCUGGUAGGAGUGGCCUGCCAGGUAGGAUGCAAUCCAAUAGUGUGCAGAGCCUGAAAUGCCAAGUCCUGAGAGGGUGGAGAGGAGGAUCUGAUGGUUCAUGGUGUCGAAGGCAGCGGAUAGAUCUAGGAGGAUGAGAACAGAAGGAGAGAGUCAGCUUUGGCAGUGCUGUGAGCCUCCGUGACACAGUGACAUAGAGAUGAGCAGUCUCGGGUUAAGUGACCCGUCUUGAAGCCUGACUGGUUAGGGUCAAGAAGAUCAUUCUGAGCGAGAUUGCGAGAGAGUUGGUCAGAGACAGCACACAAGUUUUUUGGAAAGAAAAGAAGGCAUACAUGUCUGUAGUUUUUUUUUUACAUCAGAGGGGUCAAGUGUUCUUGAGGAGGGGAGCGACUCGGGCCAUUUUGAAGUCUGAGGGGAUGCAGCCAGUGGUCAGGGAUGAGGAACGGGAGAAGGGAGGAUGGGGUCGUGCGGGCAGGUUGUUGGGCGGCCGGAUCUCACUAGUCGCAGGAUUUCAUCUGUAGAAAGAGGUCAAGGCAUAGGGUAGUUCUGUGUGAGUGGGACCAGUGGAUUCAAUAGGCUGAGUGAACGAGGAGUGGAUGUCGUCAACUUUAUUUUCAAAGUGGUUUACAAAGUUGUCCGCAGAGAGGGAGGAGAAGGUGGAAAAGGGUUUCCUAGAGUUACAGAGGAAGAGAAGGUAGAGAAGAAGGAGUGAAAGGAUGAUAGGUCCUCCAGAAGUUUUAGCUCAGCUGCCCGCAGCCCUGUUCUGGAAGCUCGCAAUGAGUCACUCAGCCCUGUUCUGGAAGCUCGCAAUGAGUCACUCAGCCCUGUUCUGGAAGCUCGCAAUGAGUCACUCAGCCCUGUUCUGGAAGCUCGCAAUGAGUCACUCAGCCCUGUUCUGGAAGCUCGCAAUGAGUCACUCAGCCCUGUUCUGGAAGCUCGCAAUGAGUCACUCAGCCCUGUUCUGGAAGCUCGCAAUGAGUCACUCAGCCCUGUUCUGGAAGCUCGCAAUGAGUCACUCAGCCCUGUUCUGUAAGCUCGCAAUGAGUCACUCAGCCCUGUUCUGUAAGCUCGCAAUGAGUCACUCAGCCCUGUUCUGGAAGCUCGCAAUGAGUCACUCAGCCCUGUUCUGGAAGCUCGCAAUGAGUCACUCAGCCCUGUUCUGUAAGCUCGCAAUGAGUCACUCAGCCCUGUUCUGUAAGCUCACAAUGAGUCACUCAGCCCUGUUCUGUAAGCGCGCAAUGAGUCACUCAGCCCUGUUCUGUAAGCGCGCAAUGAGUCACUCAGCCCUGUUCUGUAAGCGCGCAAUGAGUCACUCAGCCCUGUUCUGUAAGCGCGCAAUGAGUCACUCAGCCCUGUUCUGUAAGCGCGCAAUGAGUCACUCAGCCCUGUUCUGUAAGCGCGCAAUGAGUCGCUCAGCCCUGUUCUGUAAGCGCGCAAUGAGUCACUCAGCCCUGUUCCGUAAGCGCGCAAUGAGUCACUCAACCCUGUUCUGUAAGCGCGCAAUGAGUCACUCAACCCUGUUCUGUAAGCUCGCAAUGAGUCACUCAACCCUGUUCUGUAAGCUCGCAAUGAGUCACUCAGCCCUGUUCUGUAAGCUCGCAAUGAGUCACUCAGCCCUGUUCUGUAAGCUCGCAAUGAGUCACUCAGCCCUGUUCUGUAAGCUCGCAAUGAGUCACUCAGCCCUGUUCUGUAAGCUCGCAAUGAGUCACUCAGCCCUGUUCUGUAAGCUCGCAAUGAGUCACUCAGCCCUGUUCUGUAAGCUCGCAAUGAGUCACUCAGCCCUGUUCUGUAAGCUCGCAAUGAGUCACUCAGCCCUGUUCUGUAAGCUCGCAAUGAGUCACUCAGCCCUGUUCUGUAAGCUCGCAAUGAGUCACUCAGCCCUGUUCUGUAAGCUCGCAAUGAGUCACUCAGCCCUGUUCUGUAAGCUCGCAAUGAGUCACUCAGCCCUGUUCUGUAAGCUCGCAAUGAGUCACUCAGCCCUGUUCUGUAAGCUCGCAAUGAGUCACUCAGCCCUGUUCUGUAAGCUCGCAAUGAGUCACUCAGCCCUGUUCUGUAAGCUCGCAAUGAGUCACUCAGCCCUGUUCUGUAAGCUCGCAAUGAGUCACUCAGCCCUGUUCUGUAAGCUCGCAAUGAGUCACUCAGCCCUGUUCUGUAAGCUCGCAAUGAGUCACUCAGCCCUGUUCUGUAAGCUCGCAAUGAGUCACUCAGCCACUGAGCAGGAGGGGAAGGCCGAGCCGGCCGAGAGGAAAGGGGACAGUGCGAGUCAUAGGAUGCGGAAAGGGAGGAGAGUAGGGUCGAAGAGGCAGAAUCAGGAGGGAGAAGGAUUUAGCAGAAGGGAAAGAUGAUAGGAUAGAAGAGGGGAGAGUAGUGGGAGAGAGAGAGCGAAGAUUACAACGGCGCUAGGGUGGGAGGAAAGGGAGACAGAAAACAAACUAGUGAUCAGAGACCUGGAGGGCGGUUGCCGUGAGAUUAGUAGGCGAACAGCCUCUAGUAAAGAUGAGGUCAAGCGUAUUGCCUGCCUUGUAUACUUAUUGUACUAAUAAGUGCAGUACUAAUGCUGUAGUUUAGUAGUGUGUGUGACUGUAGCUGUUGUUUGUGUAGCCUGACACUGUAUGUUUUGUGUGCCUGUACUUGCUAUCUAUGUCCUGCAGGAUUAUGCUGAUUUGUGCCAAGCGGUCUCUAUGUGCUGUUUUCUCAGUGCUGCCCUAUGGAGAAUGUAUUCACCUCAGGUACAAACACACAGCCCCAACCAACUAGAGGUGUCAUGUAUCGCCCUCAGGAAAGGAGUUGUGUUAUAAUGAUCACAGGCUUUAAUGUGGAGCUGCAUGAUGGUGACAUGAGUAGUUUCUCUUCCUGCCCACCCAGUGACCCAAAGCUGGAGGCUCAGAGACAACGGCUGUCCACUGGGGUGGGCUCUGACCUGUUCCCUGGCCUGGAGGGCCUGGGGGUGGAGCUAGGUGCAUAUGGAAAGGUAAGGUUGAACUGGAGAGUGUGAUUACGUACUAUCUGUCUGUGCUUUGUGUUAGUUGACAUGCAUCUUUCCUCGUCAGACGGUAUCGUACGCCCGGUUCCUUUUUCCCACUAAUGCCCUGGUGAGGCCGAAGAGCAGUGGACCACUAGAGCCCAGCACAACACAGACCCCCCUGUCCCGUUACCGAGGCAACAGCCAGAAGAACUACACCAACCCGUCUCGACUCAACAGCACCAUAGGACAGGACCCUAGUACGCUCCACUUCACUAGAAUAGAGGCUUACAUACACUCUCUCUCUUCUCUGGCAAAUUGUUUUUGCAAUCAUUACUGUGUGUGUGUCUUCUCAUUUGAUUUAAUACCCAUUUUUACAGGUAUAGAAGACCUGGCAGACUAUGAUCCCUACCUACUCAGUGACCCUCAGUGGCCUUGCGGGAGACACAAGAGAGUUCUUAUAUUUGCAUCAUAUAUGGUAAGCAUUCAUAUAAAAUGAUACAUGUAACACACACCUCAACACAUGACUUUGUAACUAGACAAUAUAUCACAAGACACACUGACAUUCCAGAAUGCACUGAUUUUGUACAGUAGCACCAUUAUAAACAUAAAACAAUCCAUAUCAUAAAGCAAUUUUAUGACAAGUAAUCUUUACUACACAUAAUACAAAUUACAUCAUAUUAUAAACUGGGUGGUUCGAGCCCUGAAUGCUGAUUGGCUGACAGCCAUGGUAUAUCAGACCGUAUACCACGGAUAUGACAAAACGUUUAUUUUUCCUGCUCUAAUUACGUUGGUAACUAGUUUAUAAUAGCAAUAACGCACCUCGGGGGUUUGUGGUAUAUGGCCUAUACCAUGGCUAAGGGCUGUAUCCAGGCACUCUGCCUUGCGUUGUGCCUAAGAACAGCCCUUAACCAUGGUAUAUUGGUCAUAUACAACACCCCCUGGGCCUUAUUGCUUAAUUAUACCAUGGCAUUGUUGAAUACUCGUUUUUGAUUGGCUUGAAGGGAAUUCUAGAACAUGCAUUAUUUGCCUAUAACGCACAGUAUAAUUAAAUGGCUAUAGUUCUUACAUGUUCUAUGUUGGAGCUGCUUUUGAAAGCAAAAGUCGAAUUGUUUUUCAUAAUAGCAAGCUAGGACUGAUGGUUUGGUUAGCUAAACUACCAAGUCUGUUUGCUUACCAAGGCAACUACUGUCAACUUGCUAGCUACUUCAGUGGAUGUUGAACACAUUUCUACCUGCAAAUGAACACAUUUCUAGCAGUAAAUUAGUUAAAUUAUAGCCAUGGUAUAAAAGGGAUAAUCAACUCGGGGCUCUAUGCGUUCUCUGGAAAAUAAUGCAACUCCGUGGAAGGUCAGUUCCACUCCGCUAGCGCGUCGUAGAACACACAUUCCACGUCGUUCAUUAUUUUCCAGAGAACGCAUAGAGCCCCGAGUUGAUUAUCCCUUACAUGGAAUCUCUAUGAAUAGGAUGAAAGCAAAGUUCUCAUAUUUAUCUUGUUCCCCGUCUUCCAGACGACUGUUAUUGAGUAUGUGAAGCCGUCAGACCUGAAAAAAGACAUGAAUGAGACGUUCAAGGAGAAGUUCCCCCAUAUCAAACUGACCCUCAGCAAGAUAAGAAGGUGCAGACAUGAGCACACAUAAGUCAACACAUUCUUUUUUUAAAUCCACUGUCUAUAUCGAUGUCUGAAACUCCCCUUUGUAUCUUUGUCUCCAAACCAUGCAUUUACAAAUGCAAAUCCUGCAUAUCUGCCUACCAUGCACAACCAUAACCUCCCUCCUGUUUGACAGCCUGAAGCGGGAGAUUCGUGCGGUGGGAGAAGAGUGCAGUCUGCAGCCAGUCACGGUGGCGAUGGCCUUUGUGUACUUUGAGAAACUGGUGCUGCAGGGCCGCCUGAACAAACAGAACAGGAAGCUGGUGUCUGCUGCCUGCGUCCUGCUAGCAGCCAAGAUCAGCAGUGAUCUGAAGAAGCAGGAGGUCCGACAGCUGAUUGACGUGAGUGAAGCAAUUUCUUACAUGUACAUUUUAGUCAUUUAGCAGACUCUCUUAUCCAGAGCAACCUACAAUCAAGUAGCUCUACUAACAUAACAUACAAUAUUAUUCAACCCACCCAUUUGAGCGUGACAUACAUUUUUCUAAGAAUUGAAAAUACCGUACUAUUCAGAUUCUUAGCCAUCUUGUUGCUCCCCCCCUUCCUCUAUGGUAGAGCAGAAGCUGGAGGAACGUUUUCGUAUAAACCGGCGGGAGUUGAUUCCAUUGGAGUUCCCUGUCCUGGUUGCCUUGGAGAUGGGGCUCUACCUCCCUGACAGCAAGGUCAUGCCGCACUACCGCAGGCUGGUGCAGCAGGGCUAG